CACAGUGAACAGAGUAUCUGCCAAGCCCGCGCCUCAGUCAUGGUGUACGACGACACCAGUAAGAAGUGGGUUCCAAUCAAGCCGGGCCAGCAGGGCUUCAGCCGCAUCAACAUCUACCACAACACGGCCAACAACACCUUCCGCGUGGUCGGGGUCAAGCUACAGGACCAACAGGUGGUGAUCAACUACUCCAUAGUGAAGGGGCUGAAGUAUAACCAGGCCACGCCCACCUUUCACCAGUGGCGCGAUGCCAGGCAGGUUUACGGCCUCAACUUCGCCAGCAAAGAGGAGGCCACCACCUUCUCCACCGCCAUGAUGUUCGCUCUGAACACGCUCAGCUCGCAAGAUGGAGGCCCUGCUGUCCAACGCCAAAAUGGGCCCUCCUCAGAAGACCCCGAUGUGCAGAGGAGGCAAAUGAUGGAGCCGCAUCAGAUGCAGGGAGUGGCCCACAAAGAGAGGGAGCGACGGACAUCUGGCUCAGGUCCGGUUUCUCUCCCCGCCAUGCUCGCUGUGGCCCCACCGGUGGCCCCCCCUGCCCCUAUGGCACCUAUGGCCCCACCUCCUCCACCGGGCCCCCCGCCUCCGGCCACAGUGCCACCGCCCAUGCCCCCCCCACUACCGGUUGGUGGAGGGCACGGGGGGCCUCAUUUAGAGGGGGCAGGGAACGAGUUGGCGCAGCCACUCUCAGGACUGGCUGCUGCCCUGGCUGGAGCCAAACUCCGCAAAGUUGCAAGGGAUGAGAACAGUCCGCCAGGAACAGGUGUAGCCAAGAACGAUGGCAACCGCUCCAGUGGAGGGGAGGGGCUAAUGCAGGAAAUGAACGCUCUUCUAGCACGCAGACGGAAAGCCUCAGAGAAACCUGAAGAGGAGGAUCCCAAGCCAGGGCAGAACUCCACAGAUGCAGGGAAGAAUCCAUGGGACCGAGCAAACUCUGUAGACAAGACCUCACUGGUAUCAAGGGUGCGACCAGUGGGCAGCACUAGUGAGGGAGAACUAGACUUUGACAGGAUGAAGCAGGAAAUCUUGGAUGAAGUUGUACGUGAAUUGCAGAAGGUGAAAGAUGAGAUCAUUAAUGCCAUUAGACAAGAAAUUGGUCGAAUCCAUACAUGUUAAUCUGUGGACAACAGGAAGUGCUGGAGUAUGAAGGAUAAGAAGAUGUGCUGGAAAGGAAUGUUCUCAACGUUUCUGUGACGCUGUGAAAAUAUUGCUGUGACGCUGCAGAAAGGUUGAGCCAACAUGGAGUCUGCUGUGCAGAACAGAAAGGUGAAGAAGAAAAAAUAAGUUGGAGAAAGAAAGUGACUGAGAGAGAAAAAUAAUGGUUAAAUGAACAAAGGAUGUGCGGACGGAAGGAUGGACGGAAGCUUGCACCUUUUAAAAAAAAAAAAUCUCCCAUUUCUGUGCAUUUCGAGACAGUCCAGU